AUGGAGAACGAGACAGUCAGCGAACUGAACCAGACACAGCUCCAGCCACGAGCGGUGGUGCCCCUAGAAUACCAAGUGGUCACCAUCUCACUUGUGCUCAUCAUUUGUGGUCUGGGCAUUGUGGGCAACAGCAUGGUAGUCCUCGUGGUCAUGAGAACCAAGCACAUGAGGACCCCCACAAACUGCUACCUGGUGAGUCUGGCAGUGGCCGAUCUCAUGGUCCUGGUGGCCGCGGGCCUACCCAACAUCACAGACAGUAUCUACGGUUCCUGGGUCUACGGCUAUGUUGGCUGCCUCUGCAUUACUUACCUCCAGUACUUGGGCAUCAAUGCUUCGUCCUGUUCAAUCACAGCCUUCACCAUUGAGAGGUACAUAGCGAUCUGUCACCCCAUCAAAGCCCAGUUUCUCUGCACAUUUUCCAGAGCCAAAAAGAUCAUCAUCUUCGUCUGGGCUUUCACAUCCAUUUACUGUAUGCUCUGGUUCUUCUUGCUGGAUCUCAAUAUUAACACCUACAAAGAUGCUAUCGUGGUGUCCUGUGGCUACAAGAUCUCCAGAAAUUACUACUCACCUAUUUACCUAAUGGACUUUGCUGUCUUUUACUGUGUGCCCAUGAUCCUGGCCACUGUCCUCUAUGGAUUUAUAGCUAGGAUCCUCUUUUUAAAUCCCAUUCCUUCAGAUCCUAAAGAAAACUCUAAGACGUGUAAAAACGGCUCAACUCCUCAGAACAAGAAUUUGAAUUUGAAGACCUCUAAUAGGUGUUUCAACAGCACAAUAUCUUCAAGAAGACAGGUCACCAAGAUGCUGGCCGUGGUUGUCAUUCUGUUUGCCCUUUUAUGGAUGCCCUACCGGACUCUUGUGGUCGUCAACUCAUUUCUCUCCAGCCCUUUCCAAGAAAAUUGGUUCUUACUCUUUUGCAGAAUUUGCAUUUAUCUCAACAGUGCCAUCAACCCAGUGAUUUACAACCUCAUGUCUCAGAAAUUCCGAGCGGCCUUCAGGAAACUCUGCAACUGUAAGCAGAAGCCCAUGGAGAAACCCGCUAGCUACAGUGUGGCCCUAAAUUACAGUGUCAUUAAGGAGUCAGACCACUUCAGCACAGAGCAUGAUGAGAUCACUGUCACCGACACGUAUUUGUCUGCCACGAAAGUGACUUUUGAUGACACCUGUUUGGCUUCUGAAAUAACCUUUAGCCAAAGCUGA